GUCACCGGCGGAACAGCCCGACCAUCAAGCUACGAUGGAGAUGGAUGAGCGGUUCCCUCGGCUGCUCAUCAUUGAUCAUGCCGACUCGUACACGCUGAACCUCGUGCCUCUUAUAAUACGCUCGCUUCCGCACGUCUCUCCUGCCCAUAUCCUUGCACGCUGUAUCGUCGUCUCGCACACCGAUCCGCGUCUGACUCAGAUCCUGCCCCAUGUGGACGCGCUCAUUCUCGGACCUGGACCGGGUCACCCGAGUCACCCUGCCGACUUUAGCGCUUCACUGAGCAUCCUGCGACGGAUGCUGCAAGAUGCUGGGGAAUUUGUGCUCCCGACGCUGGGUAUCUGCCUGGGCCAUCAGGGCCUGGCUGUCGCCUUGGGUGGACAAGUCCAGAGGGCACCGAGCAUCCGACACGGCGUCUCGAGCCGGCUGGAGCUUCUGAAGGCCGAGGGCUGCCGGUGGGGCGACAUCUUCGAAGGCCUUCAGGGUGAAAAGAUCGAUGUGAUUCGCUACAAUAGCCUCACAGUCGUCGAAUCCAGCUUGCGGACAGAGGAGCUGAGAACAACAGCGAUCUCGAACGACGAUGGCGAGCGGGUCAUCAUGGGCCUCCAGCACUCAUCUUUGCCGCUCUGGGGCGUCCAAUUCCACCCGGAAUCGAUCUGCAGCGGUGGUGGAGGCGCCAUGCUGGCCAACUUUGUCCGCGAGACGAAUCGCUUCUGGGCGACCGCUGGGGCAGUCAGAAAAGAAGCUUUCGGCUGCGAGCUCCCAGGUUGGGUCAGGCAGGUGGGCCGUAGCCUCGUUGAGGCCUCUUUGCCGCUCUCACCUCCAGCCAGGAACGGGGAGGAAGCGGAAAAGAGACGAUUCAGGGUCGUCUCCAGACGCUUAUUCUCGCCGCCUGGCUCGAUAGGAAGAGAAAAAGUGUUUGAGAAGCUUUUCAGGGAGAAGGGGAGGAGCGUCUGGCUGGACGGAUCAAGGCAUGGUGACCCACAAAGCCGCUUCAGCUACAUGGCCGGGCCAUCGUUUAGCUUGUCGUACGAUGUCAGGAUGGGCCACCUCGCGCUCAGUCGAAGGAACCGGCUAAGGAAGACACUUCCCUUCUCUCCGUCAGCAUCAGCUCCCGGCAGCAAGACAAAGGCGCACGAGGUAAACGAGCACGGUCUCCCAACACCCAUGACGAGCCGAUCUGCCUCGCCAGCAUCCGAGCGAAUGUCUGCGGCAACCUCUUCAUCACAGGAAACCUUCUGGACCUUUCUCGACGCAUUGCAGAAGCAGCUCCAAGCCCAGACAUACUUUCCUCGCGAAGACGAGGAAGAAACGCCGCCCUUCAAGACGGGCUUCGUUGGCUACUUUUCGUACGAGAUGAAGGACGAAAGCUUGCCUCCUAGUCCGGCUCACCCAAACCGGAAGGAAGGACAGGAGAAGUGGGUCGACCUGCCCACUGCAGACUUUGGCUUCUGCGAUCGAGUGCUGGCUUUUGAUGAUAAAAAACAAGAGUGGACCGCGUAUGCCCUUCUGCUUGAGGUAAGCAGCGGAGAGGCAGAGGGCGCCGAGCUCGCCAUGAUCCAAGAGGCACUCGAGGAGGACGAUCUCGGGCUAUCUCUUGCUCAGAUCCAGGACUGGUUCGACAAAGUUCAGCAGACCAUUCAUCUGGCCGAGCCCACCUCGGUUCCCCCUUCUUUAGUUGAGAAAGGGCUACCUCGACUGGUGCCGCUCGACGAUGCGUCGACCUAUAUCGAAAAAGUGGAGAAAUGCCGCAGAUUGAUCUCGCAGGGUCAAUCCUACGAGCUGUGCCUUACCACACGCUUCCGUGGAGAGACAGAUGGCGAAAAUGAAGAAGGCGACGAGGGGGCCUGGUCGACGUACAAGAGCCUUAGGCAGCGCAACCCGGCACCUUACUCUGCCUACUUGGAACUCGACGACAGCCGGAAGAAGAUUCUGUCAACAAGUCCAGAGAGGUUCAUGAGCAUGUCGAGGGAUGGAAGGAUCUCGAUGAAGCCCAUCAAGGGGACACUAGCUCGUGCAGGUUUCAAGGCUGGCGACCACGAGGCGAUGCGGGCAAGCGGGAUGGAGGAAGUGGAGUGGAAGAAGGCCAUAGACGAGAAGAGGCGGCGAGCGCUGGAGGCAGACCCCAAGGAGCGGGCAGAGAAUCUCAUGAUCGUCGACCUGAUCCGAAACGACCUCGUGUCAUUCUGCGAUCCAGCCAGUGUCGCCGUCCCUCGGCUCAUGGUCGUCGAGUCCUACGAGUCGGUUCACCAGCUUGUCACAACAGUCUCUGCUCUCCGAUCGAGGCCUGACAUUGGCCCAACAGAGUGUCUCAGACGGUCUUUUCCGCCAGGCAGCAUGACGGGCGCCCCCAAGAAAAGGUCAUGCGAGCUGUUGGAUCAGCUCGAGGGCGGCGUGGACAGAGGCAUCUAUGCGGGCAUCCUCGGCUGGAUAGGGCUCGACGGUGCAGCGACGUUCUCCGUCGUCAUUCGCACGGCAUGUUUCGAUGGUUCUCGGGUGGAAGUCGGCGCAGGUGGCGCCGUCACCUACCUAUCUGAGCCGGCCAAGGAGUGGCGAGAGGCCCUCGACAAGGUUGAAUCUAUCGCGAGCGUGAAGCGGUAGUAGAUAAAUUCCUGCAUAAACUUACGCAGCAUGUCCAAAGAUUGCAAUGUGUACUAUAGUUGUAUCUGUAGAAUCGAG